CGGAACGCGGCCGCGGCACACGCAAACGGCGAAGCAUUCCUCGUCUCCACGCAGCCCAAGCUACCCCGCAAUUCCCCAACCCCGAAGGAAGCGACGCCCGAGCACGACCGGACCGCACCGCCCCCUCUCACGGAGCCGAACCGUCUAGAAGCGUCGCCGCCGUCCCCGCCCGCCCGCCACCCCGCCGGCCCGCUCGCGCCGUCGCACGCUGCCCUAGGGUUCCGCGGGGCGGGGGAUCGCCGGAGAUGGACUGGAGCGCGGUGACGGCGGAGGACUUGGUGGACGCGCUGCGGGAGGUGGACUGGUCCACGCCGCCGCGGCCCGUGCCGGAGUUCUUCUCCCGCUUCACCGUCCCCCGCUCCUACUCCAAGUGGACCAGCCGCCUCAAGUGCAACCUCUACUACUACAGGACAAACUAUUUCAUCUUGAUCAUGUUCAUCCUUGGGAUGGGCUUCCUUUGGAAGCCGGUUGCAAUCCUUGCAGCUUUUAUGACUGGACUCAGUAUCGCAUUUCUUAAUGACAGUUUUGCAGUCACUUUCAAUGAGAAAGUCACAAGGACCGUGAGACAAUUUUCACCACAUUUAGCUGCAAAGAUGAGGCCACCGAUAACCCCUGUUCUUCGUGGUCGACCAAGCUCGAAGAGAUCGAUUCAUAUUUGUGGGCGACCUAGAUGGGUGUUUGUCCUGUUCUUUUCUGCAGUUAGCUGUAUACUCUGGUUGACCUCAUGCAGUCUUCUCACAGUCCUCUGGGCACUUCUCAUUGCUCUAUUCGCAACGGUGCUUCAUGCAAGCUUCAGAACACCUAAUUUGAAAGCACGUCUGAAUACAUUCAGAGAGGAAUUCCGGGCUGUUUGGAGGAAUUACAGUGAGCUUUAAGAUCUCCUUUGUUUCUCAUUUCAUGUGGUAAGAAAAGGUGUCUCGCGCUGAAACAUCCAUGCUAUUUGUGUGCUGUGCUGGGAGAUCUAGAUGAAGGCCGCUGCACAUUACUACGUGGAUUACUUGCUCUUUUGGGAGGUGGAUUUGGGUCGGGUUGAUUCAGUGGGCAAUGCUAUGCCUUGCAUACGACCUGACUUCUCCCUAACUGAGCAUCGGAGAAAGGACAGCAUGUAAAGGAUGUAAAAAAGUACCCUGAUCUCAAUCAAACCAUAUGUUGUUUGUUGAAAUGACUAGUUUGUGUUACAUUCUUUUUUGGAUCAUCAUAUGUUUGGUGACUAUAAUCUCGUUUGAGCAUUUGUUUUAAGGAAGUUGAUUUAGAGUGAAUCGAUUAAGAUCUUGCGGAUUAUCUAA